AUGUUUGGAGACCGGCCUUUGACAGCUAACGACAGUGCAAUUGAGAACGUAGAGGUCGACUUCGCUUUGUCAAUGGCCAUGCUCCUUCUAGUUGACAUGAACCAUAUGGCCAAUCUCCACGAGUACGAGAACUUCAACCUUAUGAUGCAACAUUUCGUCUUGGCCAAAGUUGCCAAGGCUGCUCAAGACCAAGCUGAGGCUAAAGUCGAAGCUGCUGAGGCUACUACCGAAGCCGCCAAGGCUAAUGUUGAGGCUGUCAAGGCCAGGGCAGCGGAUUUUGAGGCCAAGCUUAAGAAGGCCAUUGAAUUAAAGGAGGCCGAGGUUAACACGGCCGAUGAAAAGGCUUUUGAAAAAGUUCAAGCCGCUUUUUGCGAUCAGUACAAAGAUAUGCCCUUCCCUCCCUCUUUGAAGGACUCUGAAGACGAAGCCGAAGAAGAGGAAACCGAGGCCGAGGAUGCUAAUGAAGAGGAGGAGGUUGCUGUUGGGGCCAAGUCCCUCACUUUAAAUGAUCAAGUCCUAGACUUGACUCAAGAUGAGGAGGACGAGGUCUCCAAGAGUGCCUCUCCCAAGAAGACAACUUCUCAAGCCGAGGUCCAGACUGCCAAGAAGAGCCUUGACGAGACACUUCUCAAGAUAGAUGCCAAGAUUCAGGCUGAGAAGACUGUUAAGAAAACUUCCCAACUGUCUGCCAAGGCUAAAACACCGCCAACUGCCAAAGCAAGACAGUCUAUCCAAGAUCGUAACACUUAG